AUGGCCUACCAAUUUCAUUUCACUAUAGAAGGCCAUCUGGAAAAUGAACCGACUCCCCUUGGAGAUGGAGCUUCAACCCUGAAUUCCGCAGAAGAGUCUCCAUUCUCAGAAAGUCAAAAAGGGAAACACAAGGACACGGAAUGUUCUACAGAGCAGCAGUCUUCCUUACUGGCCUUGGGGUAACUGUGAGGACCGAAGUCAGCGGAAAGUGCAGUUCCCUCUCAAGGCACACAGAACUCACUCAAUGCAGCUAACAGGUCAGGGAACUUGGAACCUCAUGAAAAACAGCCUUGCUUGAGACUUGCCGAAGAGCAAGAAAAUAAAGUCAUAGAAACAUUCCCAGCUCUCCAGUACAUUAAUGUUUCAGUAGUGAAAACCGUCUUAUUGAAAGAGAACUUCCCUGAAGAAAACACAGUGUCAGAAACCUUUUCUUCUCACUCUGAUCUGAUUACCGGUGUUUAUGGAGGAGGCUUGAAAAUCUGGGAAUGUACCUUUGACUUCCUGGCUUAUUUCACAAAGUCCCACAUGAAAUUUGCUGGGGAAGAAGUGUUGGAUCUUGGCAGUGGAUCAGGGUUGCUGGGUAUAAUUGCACUCAAGGGAGGGGCCACAGAAGUUCAUUUUCAAGAUUAUGUAAGUAUGGUGAUUGACGAAGCAGCCUUAUCUAAUGUGGUGGCCAACUCCACUUUGGAAGAUGAAGAAGAUGAUGGCAACAAGCCACCUGUGAAAAGGUGCAGGAAAUCAAAAAUAGCACAAGAACUAGGUCAGUGCCGAUCUUUUCCUGGGUUGUGGUCUGAGUGUUGUAAACCUGUGCUAACUGUGAAAAACUCUGAAAAAUAUGAUCUCAUUCUCAUGUCAGAAACCAUUAACAACCCGGAUUAUUAUGGUACUUUGCACCAAACAUUCCUUCCAUCGUUAAGUAAAAUUGGGCGGGUGCUUUUGGCCAGCAAAGCACAUUAUUUUGGUGUAGGUAGAGGUAUUCAUCUGUUUCCGAAGUUUGUCGAAGAAAGGAUUGUAUUUGAGACUAGAACACUUGAAAUACUUGAUGAAGGACUAAAAUGAUUCCUAAUGGAAAUGACUUUUAAGCGCCCUAGUUAA